UCUAUCCUGCAACAACACAAAGACACUCGACUUGGUGGUUGGAUUGAGCGGGAGUUGUCUUGGGGCUUCGCAGGAGAUGCUGCCGGACCAGCCUCUCAGCUCUGUCUCCUUGUGCAUGCACAGGACAUUGUGCAGAACGCAUCACUUUCUGUGGAUAUUACUCAUCCUGUUAGUGGUCUGCAUUGCCAUUCAGACAUUGGUGGCCCGCCAAGCCAGGUAUGACGAGCUCCCACAUGUGGAAUUCACUGCUGGCAAUGAACACGUGUUCCCGCCUCUGCAAAAUGUCGGGGCAGAAAUGGAGGAUGUGAUAUCAGCACAGACAGAAAGAAAUGCAAAGGUUCAUUAUCAGACUGAGCAAAAUGGAAAACCAGAAACUGAUAUCCAGUCAAAAUAUGUGGAUACAACCAUCUUCCAUUCCACAGGCUCUCAGACCAAGCGUGUUUUACCAGGAAAGUUUUUGCCGCUGGAUGAUCAAAACAAACUGAAGACUAGACAUGCAGUUUCUUUGGCUCCAGAGAGUGACGCAAAGAGUUUCUUAGCUGGCAAAUACAGUAACCACCCCAACGCCUCCUCUUCAUCAAAUGCAGUCAAAGAAAACAAUACAACUGUUUAUACUGAAAGGAAGUGUUUGCCAAGUUCUCACAUUGUAUUCCUUAAGACACACAAGACGGCAAGCAGUACAAUUCUAAACAUCCUUUACCGCUAUGGGGAAAGUCGGAACUUGACCUUUGCACUUCCCCGAAACAAACAAAAACAGCUGUUUUACCCCCACUUCUUUGCUUCACAUUUUGUGGAAGGUUGCAGCAGCAGAAAUGUGAAGGAGUUCCACAUCAUGUGCAAUCACAUGAGGUUCAGAAAAGCUGAGGUGGCAAAGGUGAUGCCUGCGGAUGCAUUCUACUUCUCCAUCAUAAGAAAUCCAGUUGCCAUGAUGGAGUCCAUCUUUAUUUACUACAAGAGCAUCCCAGCCUUCCACAAGACUCAAAGCCUGGAUGACUUCCUUGACAACAGGUUCCAAAACUACAGCUCAUCAGUUCGUAACAACCAUUAUGCUCACAAUAUUUUGGCAUUUGACUUUGGCUUUAACAACGAUGUUACUGCAGCUGUUGAAGACUUUGAGGAAAGAACUAAUAGGUCUAUUGCUGCAGUUGAACAGGACUUCCACCUCAUUCUUAUUUCGGAAUACUUUGAAGAGUCUAUGAUCUUGCUCAAACACAGCCUUUGUUGGUCUCUUGACGACGUCGUUUCAUUUAAGAUGAACAGCCGCAGUGAACGCACGCGUCGCCCACUUUUACCUACAACUGCAGAAAAAAUCAAGAGGUGGAAUGCUCUCGACUGGAGGAUCUACAUGCAUUUCAACAGAACCUUUUGGCACAAAGUGGAUACUCUUAUUGGACGAGAGCAGAUGAAAGUUGAAGUUUCUCAUUUGAAAAGGUUACAGGCUAAAUUAGCUAACACUUGUCUGACAGAUGGCGGGCCCGUUGACCCACUCCAAGUAAAAGAAGCUAGAUUAAAGCCAUUCCAGUAUGGAGCAGCUGUCAUCCAGGGCUACAACCUCAAUCCACACAUAGAUGCACAAACCAAAACUAAAUGUGAGAGACUAAUAACACCAGAACUGCAGUAUACAGAUAGGCUCUACACCCAGCAGUUCCCUAAGUUAGCGGCUAAGCGCAGAAAAGCAAGGCCUGCCAUACAAAGUCAGCACUCGGGAAUUACAGAAUUGGCAAGAAAAGCCUUGAAAAGGAAAGCUCAAGACAGGCACACAACUUACCGAAAACCUUAACAGUCAAAAGACCUGCAAAAGGUACCCACUGACAAACACUGAAAUAUCUUGUGUCUAUCUAUGAUGUACUGAGUCAAUACACUUGAACUUGACAAUCAUCUGUAAACAUGAAACGUUGCUAUUGCUACACCAAAGAAAUACACGACUCAUGAAAAGGUGGGGAUAUCUGGCUUUCGGGUGAAUUUCAGGAUGAUCCCAAAAUGCAUGGGGUGAACUUAAUUUGUUCAAUUUCUCUGCCAAGGAGCUGAAGAGCAAAAUUCAUUCUGGUAAAUUCCGACUGCCUUUGUUUUUACAGUCUCUCUGUAUCUGGGUUGCAACCUGCUCACUCUGUGACACUCCAAGCUCAGUGGCCAUUUCCAAGAACAUCCUGUUUGAAGGUAGCGAUGUCAAAAUGUGAACAGCAUGAUGAGAGGACUGUUUAAAUGCCAAUUCCAAUUGCAUUUGGAUAUUAUGUGGUCAAUUCAUGGCUCAAACACCUGUUGUGAAUUUUGACAUUCAUUAAACUCCUUGUGAGAGAACAGGAAGUUCAUUGGACAGUUAGACAUUUCAAGGUUGAGAGAUGGUCAAACUAAGAUCAUGUGUAAAAGUGAACCUAACAUGCACUAUAAGCAUGUUAAGUUCAUCCUGAAAUGUCACCCUUAAGCUGAAUAUCCCUAACGUUUUGUGAGUGGUGCAUGUUGACUUUAUCCAUCCAUCCAUUCAUCUAUUUUCUUACGCUUAUCCGAGGUCGGGUCGCGGGGUCAGUAGCCUUAGCAGGGAAGCUCAAACUUCCCUCUCAACCUUUUUUAGGGGGAUCACAAUGCGUUCCCAGGCCAGCCGGGAGACAUAGUGUCAUGGGUCAUCCCCGGGGUGUCCUCCUGGUGGGACUUGCCCAGAACACACCAGGGAGGCGUCCGGGAGGCAUCCGAAUCAGAUGCCCCAGCCACCUCAUCUGGCUCCUCUCGAUGUAGAGGAGCGGCGGCUCUACUCUGAGAUCCUCCCGGAUGACCGAGCUUCUCACCCAAUCUCUAAGGGAGAGCCCGGAGGAAACUCAUUUCGGCCGCUUGUAUCCGGGAUCUUGUUCUUUCGGUCACGACCCACAGCUCGUGGCCAUAGGUGAGGGUAGGAAUGUAGCUCGACCGGUAAAUCGAGAGCUUCCCCUUCCGGCUUAGCUCCUUCUUCACCACAACGGACCGUUACAAGGUCCACAUCCCUGCAGACGCUGCACCGAUCCCUGUCGAUCUCCUGUUCCAUUCUUCCAUGCUGACAUUUAGAAUUAACAUAACAGGGCGGCUGUGGCUCAGUCGGUAGAGCGGGUCGUCCAGUGUCACUGGUUCAAAUCCACAUUUCGACUGUCCGCAUGUCGAAAUGUGUUUGGGCAAGACACUGACCCCUUGGGCAAGUGGGUGAAUGAGAGGCUUUGUAAAGCGCUUUGGGCGCUGUGAUGGUGUAGAUAAAGGGCUAUAUAAGUGAAGUCCAUUUGAUGCAGUGUUUGUUUGUUUGUUUUUUGUACCACUAUGGCAGUAGUGAUAUAGCGUGUGUUUAAAGCAAAUGAUUACCCAACAAGAACUUAUAGUGAAUGUAGUGAAGCAUCAUUCAACUUAAUAAAAAUUAGAAUUUCAGAAAAUUGGAUGAGAGAACACACGGAAAGGAAAAAGGAAACUGUGACAAAAACUGACUACAAUGAGAAAAGGGGAAGGGGAUGAACCCGAGAUACCAAAAUCAGUCAGAUCUGGGAGGGUAUACAGUAUAUGUAUAUCGGCGCUGUAUUCUUCAAAAUCGGAAGGUUUAUAAUCUAUAAAUCGGUAGGGCCAGAUGCAAAACUAGCACAAGCUACGCAAGCUUUUGUGCCUUCCACAUCACUAUGGCAACAAUGGGACCUUAAAAUCAUAAUGGCGAUGCCUUUAUGUUCAGCAUGCCUCCAUAAACCAGGAAGUAUCCAGCUAAAUAAUAAACACUCGGGUAAACAAAUACAAAUAAAACAGUCCACUUUCAUGAAUUACUACAGGUGGAGAGGGUCCACAGUUUGCGAUGGAGUUUUGUUCCUACAACCUGAAUUUGUUUGUAGGUCAGAAAGCACACAGUCUAUCGCUAACCUUUGCUCAUGCAGUAGUUAAGUCAUUAAUUGCAGCAAAUGUAUGAUAAAAAAGUCCUCAAGCUAAAACAAUCAAAUAUAAAACAAGUGCGGCAGUAACUGCGCAUGACUUGUUAUGUUGCGAGAUGACGUAGUCUCAUGCUGCCAUGCGAAUUACAGUAGUUAAUUACAAACAGUUCGAAACAUCUGUCGGUCACACCGUUAACACCGAGGACCCUCUGUAAUAAGUCAUGUAAGUGUGACAAAUCGAUACGAGUGCUUAUUAAUACAACAAUUUGGUUAUGUUUACUGGGGAGCCUCUAAACUGAAACCACCCCGAGGUUUUAAAAUUCCAAAUUUGACAAAAAUGGGACCAACUGUUCUGGUGAUGGCCGGCAAGGUGACAGCAUAUCACGCCAGACUUCAGCAUACAUCAGGAAACUUUUGUUCACAAGGCAUUUGAUUAAUUCUGCAUGUGUGUAAUUGAUUUUUUUUUUUUGUAAACCCUGCUUGGAAAGAAGGCCCAGCCUCAAAAAGGUAUGUUAGAGAACACGAGUCGAAGAAUACACAUUAGAAGUUACAUAAUGUGAAUGAACUCACAUUCGAAGCAUUAAUAUUUCAUCAUCACCAUCCAUGUCAUUGCUUGUUAUCAAAGAUGAUGUGUUUUAUUGCUUUUGCACGUUACUAUUAACAGUGGCUACGCUUUUUUUUUUUUUUUUUAAACCCUUGUGGGACAAGCAGAUAUGUUAAGAAGUGAAACGCUUUAGGCGCAGCAAAGCUUUCAUUGUCUUUUGACGUGAAGUGUUUUAUCGUGUUUGCUUUUUUUUCCCCAAUGGCAUUUUUUUAAAAUAAAGUAUCAUACAACAUAAUGGGUGAAUCUCAUGUCUAUUAUUUUCGGAGUCCCCAGCUGCUUGCUCCUCGAUGAUUGGAGAGCAACCUGCAAGUGGUUCUCACAGCACCAUAUUAAGGAGCAUCUCGAUUCUUAAAUGUGCAUCGAGGAGGUUCCACAGCGUAGCAUUAAUUGAAAAUGUGUGUACCGGCUGGAUCAGAAGUGGACCGGAACUUGUUAAUCUUCUCUUUUUGUCAUUCCUUGAUUAUUCUAGUUCAAAUAUACAUACUUUGCUAUGUCUGCUUUAUUUUGGGCAGUAUUUACUACUGUGACUUACAUUGGCUCAUGUUUACUACACAAUGAAAGUCUGUAAUAAUUAGGACGUAAUUUUAUCAAAAAUGCCACAUCAAGAAAAUAAAAAGGUGUUCUUCCUGA